AUGGUCAUUGCUGAAAAGAGGAAAAAAAACAAGAAGAAUAGAACAGCAUUAACUCAUGACUGCUCUAUGUUGCAUUCACCUGGUACAAAUAUGGAUUUUUAUGCAUCAAGAGAUAUUGAUAUUGACAUGGAACAUUCCUAUGAAGAAACUGGAAUGAACAUAAGUACAGAUGAUACUUUGGUAGAAGAUGGAUUCAAUAAUUGUGAUAUACCUCAAGAAAUCCAAGAAUCAGAAAAUGAGAGUGAUUGUGAAGAAUUUCCAAGAAAAUUUACUGAACCUUGGAAUUUUGGCUCGCCUUCUUAUGUAUGCGUGCAUUGUGGAUCAAUUUUAUGGUAUGAAGAGAGAACAGUCAAAUCUAAGAGGCCUAGGAACCCAAAAUUCUCUCUCUGUUGUAUGGAGGGUAAGGUUAAGUUACCUUUGCUUAGGAAAGCACCUCCUCUUAUAGAUGAGCUUUUAGAUCCUCUUGGUAGUGAUCGAUCUAAAACGUUCAGAACUCUAAUCAGAACUUAUAAUGCAAUGUUUGCAAUGACAUCUAUGGGUGGUAAAGUAGAUAGUAGAAUUAACGAUGGAAGACACCCUUACAUUUUUAAACUUAAUGGCCAAAACCAUCAUAGAAUUGGAACUCUUCUUCCUAAUGAUGGUCAGGAUCCACAAUUUGCACAAUUAUAUUUCUAUGAUACUGAAAAUGAAGUUCAACAUAGAAUGAACGUCUUUAGCAAUGGUCAAAUUAAUAGUGACCUUGAUCCAUCUAUUGUUGAAGCAUUGGUCCAAAUGUUUGAUGAAUCAAAUACUUUGGUGAAGAUAUUUCGGAUGUCUAGAGACCGUUUCAUUAAUACUGAUGUUCACCAUUUAAGAUUACGUCUUAUUGGCUCCCGAGCUACAGAUGGAAGAGAAUAUAACCUGCCUACAUGUUCAGAGAUUGCAGCAAUUAUCGUUGGUGAUAUUGGUGCUGAAAAUGCACAUCGUGAUAUUAUUGUUGAAUUAAAAGAAGGAGGAUUACAACGUAUUAAUGUGUUGCAUCCUUCAUACAUGGCAUUACAAUAUCCCCUUUUGUUCCCAUAUGGUGAGGAUGGUUUUAGACUCGGCAUUUUGUAUAGUAAUGUAGAUGGAAUCAGAACUGAUACAACUGAUUCUGUUACAAUGAGAGAAUACUAUGCAUAUCGAUUGCAAGAACGUGAACAUGAGGGACAUACACUGAUAUAUGGUGGUAGAUUGUUUCAACAAUUUGAUGUAGAUGCCUACACAUGUAUAGAAGAAAUCUGGCUUAUGUGGGUAAAAGAGAACCAAGACAAAUUAAGGAUAGAAUUGUAUAAAGGAUUGAAAGAUGUAGUUAUGAGAGGAGAUACCACCCCUGCAUCUUCAGGCAAAAGAUUUGUUCUACCUUCAAGUUUCACUGGAAGUCCAAGGUAUAUGAUUGAAAACUAUCAAGAUGCAAUGGCGAUCUGUAGAUGGGCAGGUUAUCCGGACCUUUUUAUUACCUUCACAUGCAACACAAAAUGGCCAGAAAUUGAUCUUUUCCUAUCUAGGAAACCUAGACAGAAAGUAGAAGAUCGGCCUGAUGUGGUUGCAAGAGUGUUCAAGAUAAAGCUUGAUCAACUCUUAAAUGAUUUAAAGCAUGGCCAACACUUUGGGAAAGUAAUUACAGUUGUCUACACUGUUGAAUAUCAAAAAAGAGGGUUACCUCAUGCACACAUUUUACUUUUUCUACAUCAUGAUGACAAGCAUCCUACAGCAGCAGAAAUUGAUAGAAUAAUUUCAGCAGAAAUUCCAGAUUUCAAUGAAGAACCUUUACUUUAUGAAGCUGUCAAACAAUAUAUGGUCCAUGGUCCUUGCGGUUCUAUUAAUUCAAGGGCAAGCUAUACUGAUGAAGUUAAGACAUAUUUAAAUUGUAGAUAUGUGUCUGCCAUAGAGGCAUGUUGGAGGAUAUUUGAAUUUGCAAUUCACCAUCGAGAGCCUGCUGUUCAAAGACUCAGUUUUCACAAUGAGGACGAACAACCAGUUGUUUUUGAAGAUACUGAUUAUUUAAAUAAUGUUGUGGACAAGCCAGAUAUCGAAAAAAGCAAAUUUACAGAAUGGAUGAAAGCGAAUGCAUUGUAUGAAGAAGCAAGGGAAUUGACUUAUUCUGAAUUUCCUACUAAAUGGGUUUGGCAUAGAAAAGACAAAGAAUGGAAAUUGAGAAAAUCUGGAAGAUGUAUUGGGCGUAUAUAUUAUGCUCAUCCUGCAAGUGGAGAACGAUCAACAUGUUAUGCACUUGGUUUGCUUGAUGAUGAUAAAGAGUGGCACGAAGCUUUGAAUCAUGCAUCGUAUUGGGCUUCAGGAAAACAACUACGAGAACUUUUUGUCACAAUGUUGAUUUUUUGUGAGGUUGCAAAUCCAUAUAAAUUAUGGAUUUCAAAUUGGCAGUUGUUAUCUGAGGACAUUCUGCAUCGUCAAAGAACAGUUUUACGAUAUGACAACCUACAUCUUGAUGACUCUCAAUUACAGAACUACGCACUAUGUGAAAUUGAACAGAUUUUGGUAAAGAGUGGCAGAUCUUUGCACGAAUUUGAGUCAAUACCAUAUCCAAAUACAUUACUUCUCAGACAAAGUAACAAUAGAGUAUUACAAGAAGAAUUGGAUUAUGAUAGAAACUCUUUGGCAGCAGAACAUAUUAAACUUUUUUCUGGUCUUAAUACUGAUCAAAGAAAGGUAUAUGAUGAAGUAAUUUAUUCUGUUUCAGAGAAUAAAGGUGGCUUCUUUUUUGUUUAUGGACAUGGAGGAACUGGAAAGACUUAUCUUUGGAAAACCAUUAUAUGCCGAUUGCGCUCAGAAGGGAAGAUAGUUAUUGCAAUUGCAACAUCUGGAAUUGCUGCAUUAUUGUUGCCUGGAGGGAGAACAGCUCAUUCAAGAUUUCAAAUACCAAUAAAUGUAACAGACAGUUCAACUUGCGGUAUUAAACAAGGUUCACAAAUUGCAGAACUUAUGACAAAAGCAAGUCUUAUAAUUUGGGAUGAAGCUCCUAUGGCACACCGAAAUUGUUUUGAAGCUGUUGAUCGGUCAUUAAGAGAUAUAUUACGUUUUUCUAACCCAAAUAGUGGGGAGACACCUUUUGGAGGAAAAACUAUUGUUCUUGGUGGUGAUUUCAGACAAAUAUUACCAGUGGUAUCAAAAGCAAGAAGAGAACAAAUAGUUGAAGCAUCAAUUAAUAAGUCAUCAUUAUGGAACAGUUGCAAAGUUUUCAUUUUGACAAUAAAUAUGAGGUUGACACAAAACCCAGGUGAUAUUGCAGCAAGGGAAUUUGUUGAAUGGAUGUUGAAAAUUGGUGAUGGUGAACUAAGUAAUAAUGAAGGUGAAGCAUUGAUUGAAAUACCGCAUGAUUUACUAAUUCAUCCUGGUGCUCAUCCUUUCAACGAUAUUGUAAAAGCUACCUAUCCUGAUUUCAAUACAAAAUUCAACGAUUCUAAGUAUUUAGAAGAGAGAGCAAUUUUAGCUCCAACAAAUGAAGUGGUAGAAGACAUAAAUGAUUACAUGAUUGAUCUUAUUAAUGUUGAUGAAGAGACAUAUCUUAGUGCAGAUUCAUUAUGUAAAGCUUCAAGCAACAUUCUAGACCAAGAUGUAAUGUAUCCAAUAGAGUUUCUCAAUUCAUUGAAGUUUCCUGGUAUUCCAAACCAUAAACUCAGAUUGAAAGUAGGGCUACCAAUAAUGUUACUUCGAAAUUUAAACCAAAGUAAUGGACUUUGUAAUGGUACUAGACUUUUAGUCACUCAAUUAUCAAAAUGGGUUUUGGAAGUUCAAAUAAUAUCAGGAACUCAUAUUGGAGAAAAGGUGUGUAUACCAAGAAUAGUCUUAUCCCCUUCUAAUUCCAAAUGGCCCUUUGUACUGAAAAGAAGGCAGUUUCCAGUAUCUGUUUGCUUUGCUAUGACAAUUAAUAAGAGCCAAGGUCAAUCUCUGCAACGUGUUGGACUUUAUUUAGAUAGACCAGUUUUCAGUCAUGGACAAUUAUAUGUUGCCGUAUCCAGAGUUACAAGUAAAGAUGGCCUUAGAAUACUCAUUGUAGAAAAUGAUAAUAGUGAUCAUUUUCAUACAAAAAAUAUUGUCUACAAAGAAAUAUUUGAUAAUUUGCCUAAAGAUUCAUAUUGCAACGAAGUACAAAACUUUGAAGCAGAAAUCAGUGAAUGUGAGAUGCAGUUAACGUAACAAACAACCAUGAUCUGAUCAAUAUUGCUAUUAUCUUGGUUGACUAAUAGGGAACAUUAUAUGUUUAUAAUUCUUUCUUCAGACUUAUAUGGUUAAGCAUCAAGGGGAAAUUAAUCACAUCUUAUUGUAGACGAGAGUUAAUGCUGGAAAUAUUACAAUUCUGUAUUGGCAAAAAGCUGUGAAUUUUGGUCAUCACGGUCUAAAUCUGAUAAGAUCCUCAAGACAAAAGCUAUUAGUCAUGAGAAACUUGGGGGUGGCAGUAGUAUAAGAAGUACCACAUUGAAGAAUGAUACUGUUCACCGGAAAGCUUUUGCAUUACAGGAUAAGG